AUGCUGGUUACCAACCCAAUGGGUUCUGCUGCGCAACGAAGCUCUGGACCCGAUCGGCUCCACUUGUGGUUGUCUGACGGAGCACGCGUCUACGACGUUGGACCGUUUUUUGAUGCGGAGACACACACCGUUGCCAGCGCCUUGCUGUUUGCCCAAAACAAACUGUUUUUACUGCACGAAAGUUACCGAAAACGGAAUCACAUUGUUUUCCUAACGGAGUUGUCUGCGCAGCUGCAGCAGAUAAAGUCGGUGCUGGGCACUUGGAAGGAAGUGGACAAGAAAGUUUCGACGCACUGUGGAUCUGUUGCUGGCGGGGGUGCCAGGCCAGGCGCUGCAUGCGUUGCGCCUAUGCCCACGAAGGGAUUGGUUGGAUUUUUGUCGGGCAACGUAACUACCCACGAAUGGAACGACGAAUACCUCGGCGUGAACGCCGUCGUGACGGGCGCUGUGGAGACGACUGCCAACGGCCUCACAUUCAAAGGACGCGGUGCAUGGGCUGAAUGGCCCGUGGGCAAGCAGGGGCAGAAUCAGCGGUACUACUUCGCAAAUUACAACUUUACUCUUGUCGCGAUGGUGACCAUUCACGCAGUGCCCGCAGGCGGCAGCGGCCCCCUUUCAUUGCUGGGGGUGAGGCCCGAGGGUGGCGCGGCAGCAAUGAGUGUGUCGUACGACGAACAGCAAAGGUGGCAGCUGGUGUAUGGGGGUCGGGUGCUGCAGGCAUCCACUGGCACUUGGGAGACGGGUAAGGCGUACCAGGUGGCGCUUGUUGUGCAGGAAGGAAGGGGCUCUGUGUACGUUGAUGGAUAUUUUCAGCUUGCUUCGCAAGAGUCUUGGAAAAGUGGCACAUCCAAGGAGAUUUCACACUUUUUCAUUGGGGAGGACGGAGGCAGUGCGGAUGGAGAACGCAACGCAGACAACGUCCGUGUGAUGGUGGGAGAUGUUCUUUUGUACAACCGCCCGCUGAGUGCCGAGGCACUGCUGGACCACUUCAGAGAGCCAAAGUCCGCUGCACCGCCGCCGUCAACCUCGCCGAAGGCAGCAAGCGCUCACAUCUCCAGCAGCAGUGCGACGGACGCAGCUUCUGGGGUGAACGCGGACCACAACGCGCGGACCGAGAUGCCUCCAUCGGCGAAAGCGAAAAACAAACACGCGGAUGGUUGCGGUUGUGCGAGCCGAGUGCUGCUUUUGCUGCUGCUGCUGCUGGGAUUGUGGGUGUUUGCGGCACUAUGA